AUGGCGCCCAGGAAGAGAGUUGUUCGUACUCAGACCGCCAGAGUUGCUAGAGAGGCUGAGGAUGAGCAUGUCCAGCCUGCAGUUCCACAGCAGGCGGCUCCGCCUAUUGAUCAGGAUGCUCUGAGACAGAUGGUUCAGGAUGCGGCUAGGCAGGCUGCACAGGAGGCAGUCCAGCAAGCUGCCCAGGAGAUUCACAUGCAGCAGGCUCCACCAGUUCAGGUUCAGCAUUAUCAUCAGGUUCCACAUCAGCCGGCUCCAGUCCAGCAGUACCCUCAGGUUCCUGUUCAGCCGGUUCCAGGAGUUUUUCAGGUUCCACCGCCGCCACCUGCUUUCCCAGUUCAGGUGCCCGAGGUUGAUGAGACAUUUAUCAGGGUGUUGGGACAGAUGAAGUAUGUGAGUUUGGAGCAUUUCACUGGAACGACGGAACCUACAGUUGCUCACGAUUGGAAGCACAAUUUGGAUAAGUGUUUGAAGACCAUCUCGUGCCCACCAAGGCUCAAGCUAAACAUCGCUGAGUUGUAUUUGCGCGGAGAUGCAUCAAUCUGGUGGGAUGGAGUGAGAUUGAUGCACCGUGGCGAGCUGACAUAUGAUGAUUUUCUUUACGCGUUCAACAAGAAGUAUUUUCCGAGGGAAGCUUUGCAUGAGAAGAAGAAUGAUUUCGAGCAUUUGAGGCAGGGUGCAAAGUUUGUCAAGGAGUAUGAGCGGGAGUUUAACCAACUCCGCAGAUUUGUGGGUAACAACAUAGAUGAGGAGGAUCUGAUCAGGAGGUUCUUAGAUGGGAUGCGAGUAGAGCUUCGUGGUAGGUGCAGUGUGGUUACCUACACCAGUUUGGAGGAUCUGGUAGAGAAGGCGGCUGUGCAGGAGAAAUGUAUGGGUGAGGAGCAGAAGUUCUCCAAAGCAGUUCAGCCUAAGGCAGGAGGGGCUUCGGGGUCGCAGAAGAGGCCUUGGGAGCAGACUG